AUGUCUGAAAUCGAAAAGGCCCUAAUGGAGCUGGAAGCGUUAAUGAAGUACCGCACUGAACAGUUGGGCUACGAAGAAGACUUUCGAGGUCUUGGUCUAACAAGUCGAAAGAAUUUAUGCCUUCACCCUUCUGUCAAGCGUGAAAAGAGCGGAUCCGUUGUUGACGCUCGAUGUCGAAGCUUGACAGCAGGCUUUGUCAAAGAAAAAAAAGAGCGCGGCGAAGACAAUCUCGAUUUACUCGAAUCACACAAUCUGAUCCCGAAUGGCGUCUGGACGUUUGACGGUAUUCUGCGCUAUGGCGAAGAAAACAAACAAUGCCCAUACUUUACCGCGCGUCGCAUGAUGCAAUAUUGCAAUGUUGUCAUCUUCUCAUACCAUUACCUCUUGGAUCCUAAAAUCGCAGAGCGUGUCUCCAAAGACUUCUCCAAAGACUGCAUCGUCGUCUUUGAUGAAGCACACAAUAUUGAUAAUGUAUGCAUCGAAUCACUGAGUACUGAUAUCACGGAAGAAUCACUCCGGCGCGCAACACGAGGGGCUCAAAAUUUGAAGCAAAAAAUUGCAGACAUGCGCGAAACGGAUCAAGAGCAGCUCCAAAAUGAAUAUGAGAAGCUGGUUCAAGGCUUGAGAGAGGCCGAUGAAGCCAGGCAGGAAGAUGCUUUCAUGGCAAAUCCAGUACUUCCCGAGGAGCUCUUGAAAGAAGCAGUCCCGGGCAAUAUUCGCAGAGCAGAGCACUUCGUAUCCUUUUUGCAGCGAUUUAUCGAAUAUUUAAAGACACGCAUGAAAGUUCGGCAGGUCAUCUCGGAGACGCCCCCGUCCUUUCUGGCGCAUCUGAAAGAGCACACAUUCAUUGAAAAGAAACCUCUUGGCUUCUGUGCCGAGCGUUUAACUUCGCUCGUCAGAACUCUGGAGCUUACCAACAUAGAAGACUAUCAACCGCUUCAAGAAGUCGCAACAUUUGCCACUUUAGUUGCCACCUACGAAAAGGGAUUUUUGCUAAUUCUGGAACCGUACGAAUCCGAUACAGCCGAGGUUCCAAACCCAAUCCUCCACUUCACCUGUCUAGAUGCGGCGAUCGCAAUUCGGCCAAUCUUCGAUCGCUUUUACUCGGUCAUCAUCACCUCUGGAACAAUCUCACCUCUGGAAAUGUAUCCAAAAAUGCUCGACUUCUCCACUGUUAUCCAGGAGUCAUACAGUAUGACACUUGCCCGCCGCUCCUUCUUGCCAAUGAUUGUGACCCGAGGAAGCGAUCAAGCCUCUAUUUCAACCAGCUUCCAAGUUCGAAAUGAGCCUAGUGUUGUUCGGAACUAUGGAAACUUACUAACAGAAUUUGCCAAAAUUACACCUGACGGCUUGGUGGUGUUCUUCCCUUCAUACUUGUACAUGGAGUCCAUUAUUAGCAUGUGGCAAGGAAUGGGCAUUCUUGACGAGGUAUGGAAGUACAAACUUAUCUUGGUUGAGACGCCUGACGCACAAGAAACAUCUCUAGCUCUGGAGACCUACAGAACUGCUUGCUGCAAUGGGAGAGGUGCUAUUCUGUUAUGUGUCGCGCGUGGUAAGGUUUCAGAGGGUAUCGAUUUCGAUCACCAAUACGGUCGCACGGUGCUGUGCAUAGGGGUUCCCUUCCAGUACACAGAAUCGCGCAUUCUCAAGGCAAGAUUGGAGUUUCUGCGAGAAACGUAUCGCAUCAAGGAGAAUGAUUUUUUGUCUUUCGACGCGAUGCGACAUGCUGCACAGUGUUUGGGACGCGUGUUGCGAGGCAAGGACGACUAUGGCAUCAUGGUGCUCGCCGACAGGCGAUUCCAAAAGAAACGACCACAGCUACCGAAGUGGAUUAACCAAGGCUUGAUGGAUGUUGAUGUCAAUCUCAGUACAGACAUGGCUGUCAGCAGUGCCCGGCGCUUUUUGAAAACAAUGGCGCAGCCUUUCCGCGCCAAAGAGCAAGAGGGCAUCAGCACAUGGGGCUACGAAGAUCUGGAGCGCAAGGCUACACUGGAUCGUGAAGAGGCCCGCAAGGCAGAGGAGGCGGCAGUCAAAGCGGCACAGUUGGCGGCCAUGCAAGGCAGUAAUAACGACUGCGAAUUCGACGAUGAGGAUUUAGAUCAAGACAUGAUGGAGCUCGAAGGCUUUUAA